CUCUCUCUCUCCCUUUCUCCCCCCAAAAUGAAGUCCCUCAUGGAAUUCGUGAGCUGCUGUGGGUCUGCCCCCAGUCGGCCGGACCCACUGCGAGCGGAGGAGACGCAGUUCCUCGUGCUUCCCUCGUCACGGAAACGGCCUGCCCGGGGCCGUUAUCAGAACCGGAAGCGAGGGAGCUCGGGGACGUCAGCCGAUUGGCGGCCCUCGCUGGGAGCGCUUUCAGAGGACAAUGUGGUGCCGGAGUCAGAGAGAGAAAGGUGGAGGAGUAUGAACGCUGGAUCUGAGAGAAUGCUGAAGAGAAAGGUCUCGUCGUCGUCGUCGGCCAGCACUGCUGUCGGAGUUUCUGUCCGUAAUUACAGUAGCGACAAUUCCGGGAGAAGUUGCUUUCCGAUAAUCAUGUCAUCGUUCCCAGCCGCAACAUUCAUGUUUUGAGAGGAGGCAAUGUUACGUGGAAUGGGUUUUUUAUUCUCUGUUCAAUCAUCAACAUCUCUGCGGUAUGUUUUUGGUUUUAACAUGUGUACGAGUACG